GUUUUUAUUGUGACACCUCAAUCUAACUAUCUGGUUUAAUCCUUGGGGACUUCAGGCUUGGACAGCAAGAUGCAUUUGUCCGCCCUUCUGCUGUGCCUGAGUUUGGAGGCUUUGGUCAAAUGUGCUACUGCAAGCGAUUGGUGCUAUACCAACUGCGAUGACACCCCAUCCACAUGGGAAUACCUCCACGGGGCUUCCUGUGGAGGAAAAAGGCAGUCUCCGAUAGAUAUAGACACCAACAAUGUUCAUGCGGACCCCCACCUGCUUAACUUUAACUUUGUCAACUUCUCUUCUAAGCAUGUCAUCAAGUCCAUAACAAACAAUGGACACACAGUGAAAUUGAAAUUGCACGAUGGUAAAGUUGAGGUGAGCGGAGGUGGACUAAAUGAUACAUAUUCAACAAUUCAGCUUCACUUUCACUGGGGCAACAGAGAACAUCACCCAGGUUCAGAGCACAAGAUUGACGGACAAAGAUAUCUAAUGGAGAUGCACAUAGUCAGUAUGAAGAAAGGUCUAACUAUUCAGCAGGCCACGGAGGAAUCAGAGGGAAUUGCAGCGAUGGCGUUUUUCAUAAAG